ACCUGCUGGCAAGCCUCUCUCUUGUUUGUCCUGAGGGCGAGUCUCCCUCACCCUGCGACUUGUACAGGGCACAUGCAGCAUGCUCCUUUUGGAGACCUUCCAGCUUCUGCAUGUGCUGUUUUACCUACCUAUGUUCUGGGAAAUAGUCAAGACAUGGACAGAGACAAUCAGACUAGAGUGGCAGGAUUCCUUCUCCUGGGACUCUCUGGGCAGUCAGGGCAGGAGGAGGUCCUCUUUGGGCUAUUCCUGUGGAUGUACCUGGUCACCGUCAACGGGAACUCUCUCAUCGUCUUGGCCAUCAGCUGUGACAGUCAUCUCCAUACGCCCAUGUACUUCCUCUUGGCCAGCCUCUCCUGUGUCGACAUCUGCUUUUCCUCAGUCACCGUCCCAAAGAUGCUGCUGAAUCACACACUGGGAAGCAAGUCUAUCUGCUAUGUGGAAUGUAUGACCCAGAUCUACUUCUUCAUCACUUUCAUCAACAUGGAUGGGUUCCUCCUGAGUGUGAUGGCCUAUGACCGGUACGUGGCCAUCUGCUGCCCCCUCCACUACACGGUGAUCAUGAAGCCCAAGCUCUGUAUCCUGCUGGUGGCUGCAUCCUGGGUCAUCACAAACCUGCAUGCUCUCCUGCACACCCUCCUCAUGGCCCAGCUCACGUUCUGCUCCAACAAUACUUUGCAUCACUUUUUCUGUGACCCCUAUGCAGUUCUAAAGUUGUCUUGCUCUGAUACCUUUAUUAACAAUCUGAUAGUAUUCACUGUGGGUGGAGUGAUAUUUCUGACACCGUUUACAUGUAUCAUUCUUUCAUAUGCCUAUAUCUUAUCUAAUGUACUGAAGUUGCCAUCUACCCACGGAAUAAGGAAAGCCCUGUCCACAUGUGGAUCCCACCUGACUGUGGUCUCCCUCUUCUACGGGGCCAUCCUGGGGGUCUAUAUGCGCCCUUCAUCCUCCUACUCAGUGCAAGACACGGUGGCCACUGUCAUCUUCACAGUGGUGACUCCCCUGUUGAAUCCUUUCAUCUACAGCCUGCGAAAUCGUGACAUGAAGGCAGCCUUAAGGAAACUAAUCUCAGAUUCUAGAAUAAGAAAAUUUUAGAGCUUAGUGAAUUCUUGGAUAUCAUAUAUUUUUUCAUUCUACGAACAGAGAAACUGAGUCCCAGAUUGGUGUAAACUCACCCAUGACUAUUCCUCUAAUUAAUAUGUGAUAAUGAUCAUUCCUUUAAA